GCAAAAAUCUCAUUAAACUAACUCAAAAAGCAAGAAUAACAUUGGAGUUGAAGGAGAGAAGAAUACUUCUUAGAUAACUAAAGUUUGGGGCUUAAGUAGGAGUGAGCUCUUCCCAUGGCGGUGAACCAGUCUCAAUCUCAGUCUCUGCAACAAAAUCAAGCUAAGAAGAUUCCUCUAUUCCCCUUUGCUUCUAUUAUCUGCUUUGUCUCCAUCUUUCUCCUUCUCUCUUCCAUAAGAAACACUACUUCAAUUCCUUCACAUUCUCAUCAUCAAUCAAUUCAAUUCCCCAAAACUAACGGCUUAUCUAACCUGGGAGCUUCACUUGAAUCGUGCGACUACUCGGAUGGAAAUUGGAUCCGCGACCCGGUUGGGGCAUCCCCGAGGUACGACCAUACGUGUAAGGAGAUUUUCAAGGGCUGGAAUUGCAUCUCCGGCAAUAAAUCCAACGGUCGGGAUCUCAUCAACUGGCGCUGGAAACCCGCCCAUUGCGAACUCCCGCCAUUCGAUCCCACUGCCUUUCUCCACGCGUACAGGGACACCGCCAUUGGGUUUGUCGGUGAUUCGUUGAAUAGGAAUAUGUUUGUGUCCCUUUUCUGCUCUCUCAAAAGGGUCUCAAAUGAUGUCAAGAAGUGGAGGCCGGCCGGUGCCGACCGCGGGUUCACAUUUCUUCGAUAUAAUCUCACCAUUGCUUAUCAUCGAACUAACCUUUUAGCUCGAUAUGGUAGGUGGUCAGCUAAUGCCAAUGGUGGUGCUCUAGAGUCUCUUGGGUAUAAAGAAGGUUAUAGAGUUGAUGUUGAUAUUCCAGAAGGAACAUGGGAAAAUGCCCUGACCUUUCAUGACAUUCUAAUCUUCAACACGGGCCACUGGUGGUGGGCUCCUUCAAAAUUUGAUCCUGUCAAGUCUCCCAUGCUUUUUUUUGAAAGGGCUCAGCCUGUGAUUCCUCCUGUAUCUCCUGAGGCAGGUCUUGAUAUGGUCUUAAAACACAUGGUAAAAUAUAUUGAAAAUAGAACUCGACCCGGUACAAUCAAAUUCUUUCGAACACAAUCACCUAGACACUUUGAAGGUGGUGAUUGGGACCAGGGUGGUGCUUGUCCUCGGCUGAAGCCUUUGUUACCAGAGCAGGUAGAGACACUUUUCUCACUGAAUAAUAACGGAACAAAUGUGGAGGCUCGCUUAGUUAAUCAGCAUCUGUUCAAGGCUCUUGAAAGGUCUGAUUUUCAUAUACUAGACAUAACACAUUUGAGUGAGUUCAGAGCAGAUGCCCAUCCAUCUACAGCCGGAGGAAAAAAACACGUCGAUUGCAUGCAUUGGUGUUUACCAGGAAUUACUGAUAUUUGGAAUGACUUGUUAAUAAAGCAAUUAAACAAUAUUAAGGUCCUGUUUUAACUCCAGUUAAAAAUUAAAUGCCAAUUCAGAGAAUUUGCUUGUGGUUUUGAUCCCACAAGGGAUAAGGUUCUCUCCAACCUCCGUUCUGAAUCGAUGAGCAUUCCAAAUAUCGAAUGUGGAAAAUAAUAGAUGCAUUCAAAACAUUCAGACUACCAGCCAGCUAUGUAUGCAUAGCUUGAUAAGGUUUCAUCAAAUUAACUCUAUUAGAAGUUUUUCUAGAAACUUAUUUAAAUUCUGUACAAUAAGAUUUUUUAAUGAGCUUUUCAUACAACACAUUUUCUCCGGUACUAAUUGACUAAUCAGUUUGUGCUAUGUAUUUAGAAAGAGACUAGCAAAACUAGAAUCAUAUGUCCUAGUACUAGCACCAUAGCCAUCAUCCUUGAUAAAAGUUUGGCUAACCUUCUUUAAGCAUAUGCAGUCAUGCACCAUAUUAAAUCUCCAGUCUCUUUACAUGAAUCACAAUAACUAGGAGAGCUUUGCAACACUAUCCUUAUAAAAUAGACCAAUAUAAAUUCUGUAUGUGAAUUCCAUUUCUUUAAUGGCUUAUAUUAAUUAGAAUAAAAUUAGAUUUUCACAUGACAAGAGAGAGUAAUAAAAGUGUUUAUAUUUCUAUGCUUAAAAGCUCUUAUGUAUCAUAUAAUAUGAAUAAUAAAUUUUCAUAUGAUGUUUAGAUAUUGCAGUAAAUAGAAGAGCUAUAUUAUAUUCUCACACAUGACAAUUAAUAACUGAAAUUCUAAUAUCAUAUUAUUAAGUUUCAAAAUAAAGACAAAAAUGCCAAAAAGAUAUACAGAAACUUUAUUCUUGGCAAGAAAUUCAAGAAGCUAAGUAAAAACCUCUAGUAUAUUCUUGAUGAAUUAAUGAACACAUAUUCCCGAUAACCAAGCACGUAACAAAAUUGAUGAACAAGAGAGGGUCAACGGUCAAAAGGGCCUGAAGGGUCAAGUUGCUUGCAGAGAUUCAAGUAAGCAAGAUAUAGGAGUCGAUCCUUAGCCCCAGUUCGAUGAAUCUGAUUAACCAUUAAAAAAUACUUGAGGUGAUAGAGAGUACAACUCUCCAAGAAUUGAGUCAACAGCAAGAACAGCCAGUUAAAAUUGUAAUAAUCGAUAUUAAGAUGAUGGCCAUCAAUGAGUACAGGCCUGACCGAGUACCGAUGCUCACACAUUGGGCAUGUGGGGUAAGGAGGGUUCUUCCAAAUGGCUGGGGCUCUGUCAUACAUUUUGUGCUUGUUCAUGACGAUGAACCCCUUCACCUUGUUGAAUUCUUUCACCAAAUCCAACCUCAUCUCGUACUCAUGCUUACAUUCAUUGCACUUUAAUUGGCCCUUGAUCUCAAAUAUCCCAUUUGCCAACAAGUAUUCUAAGCUGUGCACUUUGCCAGGUUGCACCUUGGCCCAAGGAUACAAAGGAUGAGAAUCUUGGUUGGUCGAUGGCGACAAGGACGACUGUGGAAGAGGAUUAAAAUCUUUAUGGUAACAAGGAAAGCCGAGUGUGAGAGUGGUUAACUUGAUCUCUUCUUCCUCGGAGAGUGGUUUAUAGUGAUAGUUAUUUUGUUGGAAAGGUGGAGAAGUGAUAGUGGGGAAGUCGAUGAGAUUGAGUAGAAUGCCAUUAUUACUAUUAUUGUUGUUAUUAUUUACCAUUGUACGAGAAGUACCAAUUAUCUCUUCUUCCUCUCCAUUGUUAGGCACAUCCAUUUCAGGUAGAACGUCUAUGACUAUGGAUAUUGGCAAAUUUGACGUAGUUGAGAAAGAGAGACAAGAAAAUGGUUAAAGAACCUUUAUUACAUAAUGAAUUCUUAUAUAAUUUUUAGGAUU